GCGGCGGCGCGCCCGGGCUAUAAAAGUGUCCCGCCGCGGCACAUGCACACUUCGGGGCAACUUCCUGCCUGCGCUGCUCGCCGCCAUGGGAGGUGCGCCCGCUGCCGCCAGCCCAGCUCCGCCCUAGGGCGGGCAGCCCCGCGGCGCAGGGCGGCCGCGACCCCCACCCCGAGCUGACCUGAGCUGCCCCCGCUCCGCCCGUAGCCGGUGGCGCCGUGGGCGGCGGCGGCAGGAUGAGAGUGAACGAGAGCGAGCUGAACAGCUCCGUCCUUCCGCGGGACCCGCCGGCCGAGGGCGCCCCGCGCCGCCAGCCCUGGGUGACCUCCACUUUGGCCGCCAUCCUCAUCUUCACCAUCGCGGUGGACCUGCUGGGCAACCUCCUGGUCAUCCUCUCCGUCUACCGCAACAAGAAGCUGCGGAACGCGGGAAAUGUGUUUGUUGUAAGCCUGGCAGUUGCAGACUUGAUAGUAGCUAUCUACCCUUAUCCACUGGUCCUCACAUCUGUGUUUCACAACGGAUGGAAACUGGGAUACCUACACUGCCAGAUUAGUGGCUUCUUGAUGGGUCUAAGUGUCAUUGGAUCAAUCUUCAAUAUUACAGGCAUCGCUAUCAAUCGGUACUGCUAUAUCUGCCACAGUCUCAAAUACGACAAGCUGUACAGCGACAGGAAUUCUUUGUGCUAUGUUGUUCUUAUAUGGGUCCUAACCUUCGUUGCUAUUGUGCCCAACCUGUUUGUGGGAUCGCUGCAAUACGACCCCAGGAUUUACUCGUGUACGUUUGCCCAGUCUGUGAGCUCAGCCUAUACCAUAGCAGUGGUGUUUUUCCACUUCCUGCUUCCCAUAGCUGUAGUUACUUUCUGUUACUUGCGAAUAUGGAUCCUCGUUAUUCAGGUAAGGCGAAGGGUUAAACCAGAUAACAAACCUAGGCUGAAACCUCAUGACUUCAGAAACUUCGUAACCAUGUUUGUGGUGUUUGUACUGUUUGCAGUCUGCUGGGCCCCUUUGAACUUCAUAGGCCUUGCAGUGGCUGUCAACCCAAAAACUGUAAUCCCUAGGAUUCCAGAGUGGUUGUUUGUGUCUAGUUAUUACAUGGCGUAUUUCAACAGCUGCCUUAAUGCUAUAGUAUAUGGACUCCUGAACCAGAACUUCAGAAGAGAGUACAAGAGAAUUAUUGUCACAUUUUGUACAGCAAAAGUUUUUUUCCAGGAUAGUUCUAAUGAAGCAGGAGACAGAAUGAGAAGCAAACCUUCUCCACUGAUUACAAACAACAAUCAAGUGAAGGUGGACUCUGUCUGAAAAUGGGAAUCUUACUAUUACCACUCAACAGCAUCCAAAAAAAGUGUCCAUUUUAUUAGAUCUCCAGUUAAAUAUUGUAGUGAAAUGUAUCCUCUACACUGAAAGCACUUUGAUAAAAUUCCUUGCAUGGUGUUUGGAAGCUUGUUACAGAGCCUUCACAUACAGAUCCUAUUAUACAAUGGUAUAUCCCUUGUAUGAUGACAUAAUGAUAUCAUUGAGGGAAUAAAAAGUUAUGAAUGGCUACUUCUUUUCUUAGAUGGAGAUAAGCACCUAGAAAGAGACUGAAUCAGAAGCAUCCAUAUUGAAUGGUUCAGUAAAACAAAUCAUAAAACUAUUCCUGCCACUUUCCACAUGCUUUUUCUGUCCAUGUUCCUCCUGAUUCUAAAAUCUAUGAAAAUUUCUUUUAAAAAAUGUAAUCAGACCUUUAUGUAAUAUACUACAAGAUGUGAAGUGAAAAAUCAAGGUAAUUGAAAAUUCAUUAGGAUUUUUGAUAAGUACCUCUAUCUAUAUUCUUUUGCUACUAACAUGGACACGAACCUAAUAUUUUUGAAUAUUAAACCUCACAAACCCUCCUAGGAAUGACAUUCUCAAUUGACUUCCCAAUUUUAAAAUAGCUUUUAGGAGGAGAAACAUGCCUGAAUGAUUAUCUUCAAAGCUCCAAGGGCAGGAGGAUAAACAGCAAGGAAGGAAAAGAACCAUGAUUCAUCAGCUCAAGCCGUUUUAGCAUGAAAAAGAGGUGCAGGAAGGUUGGGAAGAGAAAUUUAAAUGACCAUUAUUUCUGAAGAGAUGGUAAUUCAUGAAAUCAGAAAGUGCCCCAGAGGAGUUUCUAGGGAAACACCUUCUAGAAACAUAAGCAAGGAAAAACUGUUAUCUCUCACUUGUGUACAAGACAGAAGUUCUCAAUCUUUGUGAGAAGAAUAUUAAUGCAUUUAAUAGGAGUGAUAGCUGAGUAUGACAGUUUUGUCUGGUUAGUGGAAUCUUAAGCCUGUGAAACGCUGGGAAAUGAGACCUACACAGGAUGUGUACUUAAUCACCUUUCUGAAACGGAUCUCCUGAGAAUAACUUGAGGCUAGCAGUUAUUUUUUAAUCUGCCGCAGAUAAAAUUUUCAAAUUAAUAAUUAGAUGUUUACCAAUACUAUGAGCAUAGUGUAACCUAGAAGAAUUAGACACCUUUAAAUAACAGAAAAUAGAAGAUACUACUUUUAACAGUGGUACGAAGAGGAACAUGUGAUCCUCAGGACUUUCCACAGACAGCAGGGAACUCUUCAGUAAGGGGAAGUACAGUGUGAAAUGAGAAUAGCAAGACAGGCAGUCUCUGGCAACAAUGAAUCUCUCUUUAUAAUGAAGUCCUCUGGCAGAGAAAAGUAAUUCACAACAAUAGGAAUAACCUUCAAAUUGACCUUAAAAAGAAAGAGUAUUUAGUUCUGGAAAGAAGCUCCAACUGUCAUACCUUUUAAUUCUCAAUUGUUUAUACCUUCAGUGACGUUUAAGUACACUUGAGCUUUUCCAUGCCAGUUCCAACAAUGUCAGUGGGACUAAGAGCUUCUGAAUAGCCAUCAGACUUUUGUUAAUCUAUAUUAAAAGGUGAAUUUUACUUAUCCAGUUAUUUUACAAUAUUAUUUACUGUGAUGGAGAUUUUAUUGAGCUUAUAUCUUUGAAAACAACUGUCAUUCUCUCAUAGAACUCCUUAAACUGCAUAUAAACCUAACAGCAUUCCAUGUUUCUUGGAUCAUAGAUUAGUAUACCCUAGCUUUACUAAUGAAUUAAAGGGAAUGGAUUCACAUUUACUUGAAAGCCUCACUGACACUUCAUCAUCUGACCAGUUUUUUACCUUAAAAACAGGUGCCUCAUGUCAAGUUAUCAAUGGAACUAAAUGAACAACAUUACAAAACCUUGGCUAUAAACUAGCAAGUCAAUGCAUUGCUGAGGUGCUUGACUCAUCUUUGUUUACAUUUUCCAGUCAGAACCACUGUGUAAAUAACCAGCUCUCUUCUAUUGUGGUAUCAUCAUAUGAUAUGAUACAACAUGAUUUACAGCAUAAAGUAUAUCACAGCUUUCUUCACUGUGAUUUCAUCCUUGGAGGAUGCUUAGCUCUGUAAUUUUAUUGUUUUGUGUGUAGUAAUUUUAGAAUACCAAGGGAGGCAUGACCACCUUACAAGUAAAUGAGUUUUUCAUGCAAGAAAAAAUACUAUUUAAAUUCUUACAAAAAUUGCCUUAUUUAAAGCCUAUUUUCAAUGAAAAUAACGUCUUAUUCUAUAUCUAUGAAAGUAGCAUAAAGAUAGUUAAAGUAGCUAAAUAAUUAGUAAGUUUAGAAUUCUCAAAGACCUUUCACUUUCCAUUUCCUACAGAAAAUGUGCAUCUGUAUCAUGUCUACAUAUUUAUGAGCUGGUUCAAGAUACUGUAUCUAAUAUGUGGGUUAUCUGAGGAAUUAGAGUCCCCUGUAAUUCGCAAGUGCUAAAAUAUAUUUUUGAUGACAAUGAAAAUGGUUUGCUAUAUGCAACAGAACACAUUAUACCAAAGGUAUAUAUUUUAUUGAAUAGGCCUGUAAUAAAAAUGGAGAGCAUUUUUCAGAUCUGUAUUUUGAAAUAUUUGUAUUAAAUCUAAAUCACAGAAAUGUGCAUGUUGGUGAUGUUAUGAGCUGCUAAAUAUAGCAAUAAUUUUAAGAAAUUUAUCUCUUGUUUUUCUUUGGGGGGAGAGUUGAUAAUUUUGUUUAAAUUACUAUGGAUGAAAACUUUGGAUAGUAUCUGCUGUCCUCUUGAGAUUACCUUUGCAUUUACUGCCAUUCUGAAGUAUGUUUUAGGUAAGGAUUGCAAAAUUACUCACUGCAAAAGCAGAAGAAUAAUGAAUGAUGCUGAACUCCGGAGUAAUGGUUACUUUUAAUUCAAGUCUAUUGCAGCAAAAGAGUCAAAGUGAUUCAUACAAGACAAUCAGCAGCCUUGCCAGCUGCUCACUGACAAUGAGCAUGACAAUGUAAGUCAGCACUUCACAAGAUCUGACUCUUUAUGGUUAACAUAAAGAUGAUUGGUGAAAAUAAUAAUGAUUUCUGUCCAUUCUAAGGAGAUGUAAUUUGAAACAUCUGAGAUUACUUACUUCUGUGAAAGUGGAUGAGCCAUGGUAUGCUUUUUUGUAUUCCAAGUCAUUAAUUUUUCCCCUGUAUGAAGGGUUAGCAUAACACAACUGCAUUAUUAGGAGUUCUAUCUGGGUGGUUUAGCUAGUGUACUUGUCCUAUAGCAGUUAUCAGGCCUGGAUAGAUUUAUUCCUAAAAUGUGAGCCUUAGGAGUCUGUGGCAGAGGGUCAUCCCUUUCCUAUUUCCUCUCCAUUUCUGAUCUGAGCUCCAGUGAAGCCAAAGGACCCCUGUGAAGGAGCAGUGAAACAUCCCUGUCCCCCUCCUUGUAUGCAGCACACUGAAGACUUAAAGCCUUAUUGAGUGCUACCUUAUCCUGCAAGAAUUCCUUCCCUAUAUCACAAUAUUGAUUAUAUUGACAGUCGGAAUAUGAUCAACACACCUUUACAGAUAGAGAAUUUUAUUGGUGUUCAUCUCCAUUGCAAAACUUCACAUUUUCAAAGAAGCUUGGCAUUAUUAAAUAUUUACCAGCAAAGAGAAUCCUAAUUAAUAUAUUAAUAUAUUAAUAUCAAACAGGGUAGUUAUUGUAUUUAAACUGUAGCUGUAUGCAGCAAUGUAGUUCCAUUUGGAAUAGCUUUGCACAUUUUCUCUUUGCACAUUUUCUUCUACCACUGGGCUAGUGCAGGUGCAUAGAUGUGAAACAAGCAUAUGUUAUUUCAAUAGACAUAAUAUGUAACAAUGAUUUAACUUUUUUCUAAUUUGUUUUAGAAUGCAGGUAUAUGAAUCAUCCAUAAUAGAUAGACUAUGAACAAUCUGUAUCAGUGUAUAGUUCAUCCUUCUAUAAUCGUCACAUCUUUUUCUUCCUUUAGAUCACUUUUGAAAUGUUAUCAUGUUAGAUCUGAUUAAUUAGGAUAUACUGAAGGGAACUGUUAUUUCCCUUACAUGGCAGUGAAAAAAAAAACCGUAAGCAAGAUCCUUCAAUUGUAAUACACAAGUACAUAAAUAUAUAUGGUUAUCCGAUUUGAAAUAUAAUUUCAAAAACUCCUUUUAUUUGAACAACUUUUUCACAAACUGUAGUAAUGUUAUUCUUUAAUUAUUUUCUAAUAAAUACACUUUCUAAGUAUCACUAAUGUCAUUUAUGAAUAAUUAAGAACUACAAAUGUCUGUCAUUUUGUCACUGAGGCUUGGGAAAUGACACAUGCUAAAGUCGACUUUCUUAGCAGGAAAAAUAUUCAAGUAGUGGCCUGGCUUAUAGCCCUUGUACUGUAUCUCAAG